UGCGUCGUUAAACUUCCGCGAAAUUCAGUUAUUACGCAACGUUGAUAUUUCGACUGCUAGCGUUUUGAGCUCAGACACCCGAAGUAGUUUUACCCUUUUUAGAAGAGGUGCAGUGAAAAAGAUCAGAAAUGGGAUAUGCAUUGGUGCAAGGGGCGAGCAGAGGGAUUGGAUUACAAUUUUGUCGACAUUUGCUGAACAAACGACCGACGACAUUUGUGAUUGCAACUUGCCGACAGCCAGACAGCGCCGCGGAGCUUCAAUCACUGCUGGAGGAUUACCCGGCCAGACUUCAGAUCAUGCAGUUAGAUGUAUCAAAUGAGGAAAAGAUUGCAUCUACUGCCAGAGAAGUUAAAGAGCAUCUCCAUGACAACAAGAGUAAAGGACUGGACCUACUCAUUAACUGUGCAGGGAUGCUUCAUCCAUCUGGGAGAGGAGAGACUAGUCUUAAAGCAGUAUCUCAAGAGGGUCUGAUGUCAACCUUUGCCACCAAUGCAUUCGGUCCUCUUCUGAUGGCCAAGUACUUUGGGGAACAUCUGACCAAGGGGAGUGGAGAGUUUGGACAGUCAUCAUCAGAUGGUCAUUCAGGUGUACUGGUCAACAUGUCUGCUAGAGUUGGUUCUAUAUCGGACAAUGGCUACGGUGGAUGGUACAGCUAUCGAAUGUCAAAAAGCGCCCUCAACAUGGCAAGCAAGAACCUGAGCAUAGAGUUCUCCCGAGGAAGACGGAAGGUGAUCUGCGUCAGUCUCCACCCAGGGACGGUGGACACGGACCUCUCAAGACCGUACCAUAAGAACGUCCCUGUGGACAAGCUCUUCACCUCGGAGUACUCCGUCGAGAGGAUGAUGAAGGUGAUAGAAAACCUGACAGUUGAGGAUUCCGGGAAGUUCUUUGACUUUGCUGGAAAGGAGAUCCCUUUCUGAUGAUUGACAAAGCGAUAUUGAUUCUUGAACUAUUCUGGAACCGGAGAGCAAAAGAGGACACUACCAAAUAUAUGUGCUGUGUAUACUAUGGUAAAAAAGGUCUCAUCAAUACCUUUUACUGGUAUAUAUCAACAUCAAGAUGACUAUUUAGUAGGAAGCCGAUCAGUCUGUGUGUGAUGUAAACCUACUCUUGCAAUCCAAUAUUUGCCUUAUUUAUAGACCAAAUUUGUAAGAUUUGUAAGCACCAUAACAUCUGGCUGAAAUGCUGUUCAGUGUAUCUUGCGAAGUGGCUCAAAAGAUAUCGUAAAAACUUGAGUGAUAUUUGGAGAAUGGUCAUUAUCAGUGAUAAGCAUGUGGUCAUAGAAGAUACUCUCUCUCCCUUUUUUAUUUGUUGCAACAUAUUUGAAAAGAAAAUUGGCUAACGUAUUGAGAGAACAAUAAAUUAUUCUGAUACUGUCUUGAAAAUAUAACAUUAGUUGCCAUUUCAUAAUACCAAUUUGAAUGUCUCAUUGGAUAUAAUUUAAUUCGCUCAAGUCAAAGCAAUUUUUGAAAACCAGAUUAUAUGAAAGCAUGUGCUAUAUACCUAUUCUAAAGUCAAAUAAAGUCGGGUAUAUUUUUGUGUUCCCACAAGAACUUAUUUAGGCUUAGUUACUGGUAUAUACAUAUUCUAUCUUGAGUUAGGUUUUUCAAAAAUCAUAUGGUAUUCAUAAUAUUCCUUUGUCUUUAAAGGUCAUGUAUUGAGGUACUCCCAUUGCUCAUGGCAUUAUCAGUUCAAGUCACAAUACCUGUAAGGUCAACCUUUGUUGAGAGAUCAGCUGUUUAUGGGUUGAUUUUUCCCUUGUGUGGUGAGGGUUACUAGAACAUAAGUUUGAUUUGAAUUUAUUUUUUUCAUUCUUGUUUUUCAUUUACAUUUCAUGAUAAUAAUAAUAAUAUAGGUAUAU